GUUCUAAAUUUAGCACCGUGAACGAAAUGGCUCAUAGGGAAUAAUGACUCAUAAUAAGCCAACAUAUAUCGAAAAUAGGAAACCGUUUUAACAAACACUAACAAGAAUUAAUCGUAGAUUCAUGGCAUGAUGAUAGAAUCCUAAUGCUACGUACAUUAUUAUAGCAACAUGUUGCAUGAUGGAGCAUGAAGCAGAUGUUAUAGCCUAAUAAUAAUUAUAACCAAAAUGUCAACAAAUAUUUUUGAUAACAUAAACUAUCAUUUGCUUUGCAAUGUUAUGAAUAUAUUAUAAUUAUGAUAGCUGCUAAACCUAACAGUUAGUGAUUCUGUCCUAUUUGUGAUAAUUGAUUUAUAUUCAUUAUGGAACAGAAGAAAUUCGGAACAGGCUUAAAAACCACUGGUAGGGACGUUGCUCGUGAUAGAGUUGGUGCUGCAACUCGAACACCUGGACGUGGUAUUCGAACUCCACUCAAACCUGCCAAUGUUUCAGAUCUGAAAGCCAUGUUUGACAAGUCUGAUAACGAUGCCACAGUGACUACAACAAAGGUUGAAACCAAACAAGGAGCUGGAAUAACUUCUACACAAAGAACUACAGAAACUCGAACAAUUACCAGAACUACCCGCAGCAUGCAACAACCUGAAGAAACAGGGGUUAAAGUUAUUUCUCUCUCGCAACCCAAAUCAGCACCAGCACGAACAACGGGUAUAAAAACAGCAGAUGAAAUAUUAGCAAAAGUACGUGCCGAGAGACUUAAUGCAAGUGAUCCUAAAUCAACUAGUUUUGUUACAAAACACACAAAGACAUGCACUGUUACACAAACAUCGUUCGAUAGUUCUGACCCAUCCUCUAAACUUGUUACAAGAACUGUUGCAACUUCCGACAGUUUGGACAAUCAGGAUUCAAGAAAUAAAGCACGAGAAUUUUUAAAGUUUAAUUUAGGAAGAACUGGAUCUGGUUUAAGCAUGUCUUCAAAUUCCUCUGAAGAGGAUAGUAUUAGAUCUGGACGAUCAAGUCCUCAAAGUAAUAUUAGUCCAAGAUCUUUACAUGUUUCUAACCCACGCGGAUAUAAGAGUGGAGAAACUAGUCCUAGGGCGUUCAAACCCUCUAAUGAAUUUCGUUCAAAUUUAGGAUCCUUAGACUCGAGUAGCUUCUCUCAAAGUGAACAAACGAGUCCUAGAUCUUAUAUAUCUUCAAGUAGUGCCUCUUUACAUAGUAGUCCUAGGAAAAGUCCCUCUCUUCAACGACGUUUGGAACUUCCUGUAAGUCAUGAGUCAGAAGAUGAUAGUGAUACUGUGGAUUCUUCCUCUAUAGCCACAGUAGCUAAAAAAUAUGGACUUUCUAGUGUAUCAACAUCUAAAACAUCGCCCACUUCAACCAAAACAAAAACUGAUAUCAAACCAAAAGUGAUCAAUGGCAGCAAGGGAGGCUCAGACAAAACAGUUGUUAGAUUAACUGAAAAGAAAUUUGAUUUAUUAGGUAGUAAAUCAGUGGAUGAUUCUUUAGUAAAGGAUGGCGAAAAGGUUAUCAAAUUUGAAAUUGAACCAGAUGGUGUGGUGAGCGGCUAUAGAGACAGUAAAAAAAGUAGUGAAGUUUCUAAAACCGAAAAAACAGGAUAUAGGCGUCCUUCUUUGGAGCAUAAAAACUUCAAAAACCGUGGCUCCAAAGAAAACCUUUUAGAUACGAAGAAAGAAGAGGUUAAAGCUCUGCAUGAAAUCAAAGUAGAACAUGUUUCAGCUAAAGACAAAACAGAAGAAAAGGUUAAGGAGAAGGACAGUGGCAAAGAGCAGAAGGAGAAGGAAACAGACAAAAAGGACAAGACUAAGGAGAAGGAUAAAGUUAAGGAGAAGGAUAAAGUUAAGGAGAAGGACAAAGAUAAGGAGAAGGAAACAGACAAAGCUAAGGAGAAGGACAAAACCAAGGAGAAGGAUAAAGUUAAAGAUAAGGAGAAGGACAGGGAUAAGGAAAAGGACAAAGAUAAGGAGAAGGACAAAGAUAAAUCUGGUAAAGGAUUAACAGGUUGGUUUAAAAAAUCUAAAGAUGAAGCAAAGGAAAAGAAAAGAAGUAACUCAAUCGACAAGAAAAAUGACAAAGCAAAGAAAACAGAUGACAAAAAUGGUUUAAAAGUAGUGAAACUAUCGAGUGAUGCCGGAAGUGAUAAGACAGUGGAAGUUAAGAGUGAAUCUACAAGUGUUAAGAAGACUCCACCUUUAAAUGAUACUGUGAAUAGAUUAAGUGAUAAAGCUUGUGAUGUGAAAUUACGUAAAUUAUCCGAAGAACGCUUUGGAAAUAUGUUUAUCCCACCAGGUGCCGAUAAGCGAUUAGUUUCCCGUAACAUGAGCUCAGAGCGAUUUGAAAAACUAAAAUUUGAUUUUGAACGUGGAUGCCCCACAGAGCAUCAAGAUAAAGUGACAAAAGAUGCAAUUCUGUUACCUAAGGAUUUACCAGAGGUUAAAAUUGCAGCUAAAGUUUCGCGCACAGAUUCAUUUAAACGUAAGGAAGAAUCAAUUUUCGCUAGUGGAUUAAAAGUUUCUGAUUUUGUUCAACAAAUCAAUGAUAGCAAUGUGAAAACUAACGUAGGUAGAACAUGGAAGAAAAAUACAGCUAGAGUAAGGAGUGCAUCGGCUAGUCGACCUGGAGAAAAUGAAUACCACGAAGUCUCUGACGGAGCAUCUAGUGAAGGUGGAUGUUACUCUGACGGUGAUGGAAUUUACGAGUUUGUACCUGAAAGAGAUGGAGAAAAUCAGGAGAUAGAUCCUUCAGGAAGACCUCCAAGUCGGCGCUUUGGUUUUUACAAUAAAAUGGCUAAUUUUACCAAGAUUUUAAAACAGAAGGGCAGCAAUUAUAAAAAAGCCAGCUUUAAAGUUAAGACUAGAAGUAAUUCACUUCCCAGGAAUAAAAAAUUACAGAAAUCUUCGUCGUUAGAAGACAACUCUCAACAGAGAAAUACAAAACGUGAAGAAGAAGAUUGGGAAACUGACAGUAAUAGUACAACCUAUGAACCAGUUGAUGACGAAAAUCUGUAUGAAGAGGCUGGUUUUGAAUCAGACUCAGAUUCCAAAUCACACAAAAAGAAAUCAAAAGAUAAAGACGGAAAAACAUUUGGUGAAAAGAUAACAUCACAAGCCUCAAAUGUUUUAAAUAAAUUUACCAAAUUUGGUAAGAAUCGAUCUAAAGGCACAGAUUCUGGUGUGUCUGCUACAGAUUCCGAUGCUGAUGUUGUAGAGGAAUCUUCUGUAAGUGAUGAAAUUGGUAAAUCUUGUUCUUUAUCUAGAAGUAGCAGUGAAAGAAGUAGUGGUAAACGAGCCAGAGAAUUAACGACUGAUACUAAAAAUCUGAGGAUAUCGGAAGACGAAGGGAUGUCAUCUCCUACUCCACCACCCCUUCCACCUCGAGCAUCAGUGAUUCUUCAACAACCAAGUGUAGAGAAUUCUCCACCACUACCACCCAGAAAUACAGAUCCCAGGUUAUCACUAGACAUGGUUAUACCAGUUUCACCUAAUGUUGUGUCACAAUCGACUGGUGAUCUUAGGAAAAAAGGUCAGUUUGCUUUUGGUAAAGAAAGUUAUUUAUUUGGACAACAGAUGAAAGCUUCGUCUGUUGGUGAUGUGAAUGAUGAUGGUCCUGUAUCUGUGGAUGAAUCUUAUUUAGAGUACGACCCUGCUCUAGGCAAAGUUGAUAAAAAAGACAGCAAAUCUAAAAAUUCUUUAAAAAAGAAAAAGUCAUCUAGUGUGUUUCGAUUGGAUAAAAUUUCACUAAAAUUUCUCGCAAAGCUGAAAAGUUCUAUGGCUGAUGAUAAAUCUAUCUAUUCAUCUUCAUCUUCAUCAUCUUAUGCUGAAUCAGAUGAUUUAGAUACAAUUAUUCCUCUAAGUAUAAAGAAUGAUGACAACAAAUUUUACAUUGAACCGAAUGAAGAACAAGUUUAUGGUAGACUUGGUUGUACCAGAUAUUCUACAAAGUUUUGUCAAGAACCUCUUUAUCAGUAUUAUACGAAAGAAAAAGUUCAUCGAGCAACACUGAAGAAAUGUAUUCAAAGUGAUGAUGAUGAAGAUGAUGACAGUAAAUUUGAAGAUGGACGCAAAAAAUUAAUAAAAGGUGGUUGUAUAUAUGAAGAUGUAGGGUGUAAUGAAGAUAAACAUCCAGAAACUAUUGUUGAAAAAGAAUUAAUACAGAAGCCUCGAAACGAUUUCAAUAAAGGCGGUUCUCUUCAUAGAGCACUGUGGUGUGAAAUGCCAGAGGUUGUACGAAGUGGUGUUCUAGAAAAAAUGGCAGACAGAGAUAAGAAAAUACAAGAAGCUAUGUUUGAAAUUAUUACAUCAGAGGCAUCGUACUUAAAAAGUUUGAAUAUUGUUAUUAAUGUGUUCCUUAUGUCACCAGAAUUUUCCUCUGAUCAUUCUGAUCGAUGUGUUGUUACUAAACGUGAAAGAACUGUUUUAUUUUCUAAUAUUGGUGCCAUAAGAGAUACAAGUGAAAGGUUUCUAGCUGAUUUAGAAAAGAGAUGGCAAGAAUCGUACAUUUUAAAAGACAUCUGUGAUAUUAUAUAUGAACACGCUUCUAAAUAUUUCCAAGUCUAUGUGAGAUAUUGUAGUAAUCAAAAAUUUCAGACUCAAGUCUUAGAUGGUCUUAAAAAAAAGUCAGAAUAUGUUGAAGCUGUUCGUCGCCUAGAAUCACACCCGCAGUGCCAAAAUCUACCCAUGUCUUCAUUUUUACUGUUACCCAUGCAGAGAAUAACUCGUCUUCCUCUCUUGGUUGAUGCCAUAUGUCAUAGAUUAGAACCUGAUAAACAAUUACAUAAAUCAGCAUCACAAGCUCUUGAAACACUUAAUAAGAUUGUGAAGAGUUGUAAUGAGGGAGCUAAGAAAAUGCAGCAAACCGAAGAGAUGUGUUUAAUUGCCAAUCAGUUAGAUUUUAAUAAAGUUAAGGAAUUUCCAAUUCGUUCAGCAUCACGUUAUCUUGUAAAGAAAGGAGAUCUUGUACGAGUUAUAAAUGAUACUGGUAGUAGAAUGCCAUUUGGUAAAAAAGGUGCCAGUAAACAAAAUGUCAGUAUGUUCCUCUUCAAUGAUUUAAUGAUACUGACAAAGAAAAAAGGCAACCAGUAUGUUGUGACUAAUUAUUGUCAACGUAAUUCUAUACAUGUUGAAUCUAUAGAUAAUGUAGAGAAAUGUCCACAUCUACCAUUAGGUAUACCUAGUGGAUGUAAAAAUCUUUUCUUAAUGGUCAUGUUAGAAAAUAAUGAAGAUAAACAGUUAGAGAUGGUUCUAUCAUGUAAUUCACCGAGUGAUAGAACACGAUGGAUUGAUGCUGUUACAUCAUCUAAAGAUACAAGUGAUGCUGAUAGAGUUUAUGAAGAAUGGGAUUGUCCUCAGGUACAAUGUAUAAAGAAAUAUGUAGCUAGAGAAUCAGAUGAAUUAUCUUUAGAAGUUGCUGAUGUUGUCAAUGUUUUAAAGAAAUCAAAAGAUGGUAUGUUUGAAGGAGAGAGAAUACAUGAUGGUGAACGAGGCUGGUUUCCUGUUGAUCAUACAGAAGAGAUUGUCAACUCACAUGUUCGUGCCCGUAACCUCAAGAUAAGAUAUCGUUUAUUGAUCAAAGCUUCAGAAGAGUAUAAAGAUAGUAGAUUAUUUCACAUUUCAUAAUCUAUAAUCAAACAGAAAUGACGAUCUGCUCAAAUAACCUCCAUUGUCCCAUGAUGUUAAAAAGGUUGUUGAGCUCACCUUCCUCGGACAAACCGAUUCAUGGAGACCAGUAGGUAUACAUAGAGCUCAAUAUUCCAUAUUAGUAUAGCCCAGCUCAAAAUAGAAAUUAUAUUAAUAAAUAUUUUUUGUGUAAAUGUAAAUGAUUAACAGAUAUGUGGCCGAAUUUUAUUACCAUAUUAGUUAUGUUCUUCAUACCAUUUUUUAGAAAAUACCAGCUUCAUGCAAUCGACUUUACACAUACAAAGUUUCAUUGUCACUAUACAGUUAUUGUGCAUUUGUCAGUAUAUAUGUAUAUAAAUAUGCAAAAUGUUUUUUUAUUGUAAAUAUAUUCCAAGAAUAAUAAUAUAUAAAUAAUGGUGCUUUCCUGUACAAUGAUUUUUUUUUUUUUUUGCUUAUCUACGCUGAUUUUAUAUAUAUAUAUACAUGUAGAACUACGCUGACUUUUAUAAGUGUACUUAUUGUUUGUUUAGCUUUGUAUGUUUUUUUAUAGAGAAUCUUUUUGUAUUAAAAAGGUUUACGUUAAAAGAUUUCAAGGAUAUUACUGAUCUAAAGAUUAAGAUGUAGAAUUUAAGAGAUUUCAAUUGGAAAUCCAUGAACGGUACAUAAUUUGAUUAAAACUAUGCUCAUUUGGAACAACCCAUGUCACUUACAUAUAAUAUUCUAUGGUAUCCAUUGAUUAAACGAAUGUCUAUAACUUGUAAAUACUGAAUGGCAUCUUUUUUUUCAUUUCUAUUCAUAUUUCUCUUCAAUCAAGCAUAAUAUUAAUUAUAGACUGAAACUAAUGAUGCAUUUUGUGUAAUAUACAUUUACUGUCAACUUAAAAAGUUUAGAUCAUCAAUCAUUAUCAUGUAUAACCAGUGCAAUAUUAGUUUAAUAGAUUCGGUGCACUGUUAAAAUCACACAUUAACAAAUAGAAUAGGUAAAACGAUUUUAAAGUUUUAGCUAUCACUAGAGAGCUCACAUCUUUUGAAUGAUGAUAUUAGGAUACAAUAAUACAUGUUGCUGUUCAUAUGUAGUAUGGUUUAUGUUCUUUUUUUCCAGUACCAUGUAUGGUAUAAAGGGAAACUAACUGAAUUAUUAAUUAUUACUCAUAGAUUUUAUUCUAGUUUUUAGAACUCAAAACCAUUAAUGAAUGACUUGUAUAUAUUUUAAUAAAAAUAUCUUAAAUGAUUAAUCUAUAAUUAUAUUAAAUUGUUAAUUGUGAUAUAUGUACAAAACAAUAUAAUAAUGACUAUCAAACUUCACAUUUACAAGUUAAUAGAUCAAAUAAAUUUUACAUCCAACAACUGCCACCCUUCAAUGUCUAUAUGUAUCUUUAAAUAUAAAAUAUUACAUCAUCCUUCCAAUUUUAAAACUAAUUUAAAUCUUAUGUCUAUAUCUUUAAAUACCAGUAUUUCAUCAGGCAUGUCUGUAACAAAUUUCAAAGUUACAAAAUGGAUAAGAUGAUAUACUUAUCAUGAAUACUGCAUUGCUGUUCAUGUGUGUAUUUACUUGGCAUUAUAAUAAUUUUUAACAAGGUUAUUGUAGGAGUUGGAAAUCAAAGUCUAGGAUACUUGUGUGCAUUCCUUAUAUAAGCCAAUAAAAAUAUACCAUAAUAUCUUUUAGAUAUAUAUAUAAAUAAGUUUCUAAAAUUGUCAGUGGACUGCCAAAGAAAUAUAAAACCGUUGAUUGAACCAUAUCAAACAAAUUAUGCAUAUCUAAUUAAACCAAAUAUGUUUGUGUAUAUGAAAAGUAAAUAGAUGAUAUGUAAAUAUAUAUUUUAUGUAAAUAUGUAUUGGUGUAACUGAAUUUAAUUAAUACAUUAUGAUUAUGAAAAAGUAAAAAUGUACUUUUUUAAAUCAACAAUAUAAAGAGAAGUAGUAUUUUUGCUUUAUUCUUCUGAAUUAGACAUGUAUUUCUUCUAUAUAUGGACCUGAUUAGGGGUAAUUUACAAGUAGAAUGGAAACAAUGGCUGUAGUAACAACAAAGAACAUUCCAGUUGUAGCAGGGACUAUAGUAUUACAUGGUUCCACUACUCCAUUUCUUAUGAUAUUGUGUUAUAAGAAUUUUGAAUGAUCAGCAAAUGUGUUCUUUUACUAAAAUGUUUUAUUUAUUUGUAAAUAAACAAAUUGUACAUAU